AGGAAAUGGACCAAAUGGUGCGAGACACGCAGCAGAGGAGAAUGGCGCGAGAGAAGGGAUCAUCUCUCAGGUUUAUCACCUGAAAGUAACCCUUAAUUAAAUUUAAAAUUUUUUCUUUUGUCGGUUAAUAAAUUUGAAGAGAUUAAAGCUUUGAAUAAUCCCACACCCUUCUGGACUGUGCACACUGCACAGCGAGAGACGAACGAAAUCGCUGCUGGUUCUUUCAACUUCUCAAAGAAAUCAAUGGAACCGAAUCUGGCUUUAGAGCUUGCGAAGCACGGCGCCACGCUUUUCCUCCUCGACGUCCCUCAGUACACCCUUCUUGGUAUCGACACUCAGAUGUUCAAUGUAGGGCCUGCUUUCAAGGGAAUCAAGAUGAUUCCUCCCGGACCUCAUUUUGUUUAUUACAGUUCUUCAAGCAGAGAUGGCAAGGAAUUUUCACCAAUAAUUGGCUUCUUUUUUGAUGCUGGUCCUUCUGAGGUAAUUGUUCGUAAAUGGGAUCAACAAGAAGAAAGACUAAUCAAAGUACCUGAAGAAGAGGAAGAAAGGUAUUGUCAUGCUGUUAGAAGCUUCGAGUUUGACAGACAUCUCGGUCCUUAUGGUCUAAACCAAUGGGGAGAGUGGAAGCAGUUAUCUAAUUACCUGACUAAGAGUGUCAUUGAACGAAUUGAGCCCAUUGGAGGAGAAAUUACAGUGACAUUGGAAUCUGACAUGGUUACAAAUGCCCACAAAUCAACUGCGGAGAAAGCUUUGGAUGAGCAGUUGGGGAUUGGUAAGUUCUCCAGGUCUGACGACAAGUCUCAGAGUAGAGGAUGCUACUAUACUCUAAUCCCUCGUGUUGUUAAACGUGGAGGGAUGAAUGUGGAAGAACUUACUUCUUUGAAUCUUGACAAAACACAAUUACUAGAAAGCAUUCUGAUAAAAGAUUUUGGAGGUUCGGAGGACUUAUUACUUGGGGAGCUGCAAUUCUCGUACAUUGCAUUUCUGAUGGGGCAAUCGCUUGCAGCAUUUCUGCAGUGGAAGUCCUUGGUUAGCCUUUUAUUGAGCUGUACUGAAGCUCCUUUCUGUACACGGACUCAGCUAUUCACAAAGUUCAUUAAAGUUCUCUACUAUCAACUGAAAUACGGACUUCAGAAAGAUGGUACGGAUAAUAAUGGUGCAGUGUCAGGAGCAUCAGCGUUGUUGGAUGACUCAUGGUUUUCUGCUGAUAGCUUUUUGUACAGACUUUGCAAGGAUUUCUUUAUGUUGGUUCAAGAUGCCCCAAUGGUUGAUGGAGAUCUUUUGUCAUGGACAAGGAAGUUGAAAGAAUUGCUUGAGAAUCGCCUAGGAUGGGAGUUUCAUCAUGAUAGUGCAGUUGAUGGAUUGUAUUUUGAAGAAGGCGAUGAGUUUGCUCCUGUCAUUGAGAUGCUGGAUGAACCAAGUUUUAACCAAAAUCAAGCAGCCUAGUGCAGGAGCUUUUCAGUUGCUUAUAAACUACAGACAUCAGAGGCAAGGUGCAUUGUUGGCUCGGCACCUCGGGUUCUUUUUUUCCCCCGAAAUAUCUAGUUUAGUCUAGUCUAGUUGUAAGGGUUUUUUUUGUUAAUCUUUUUUGGGGAGGCUAGCUGUAAGUCUCACAUGAAAGGUUUGUAUGAGGAAAAAUGAAAAAAAAAGCCUCUAGCUUUGUCCUAAUUACUGGGUUAAUGUAUGAUAUUUUGUUCUUUUAAAUCUCGAAUUCGCCAUCAAAAACAUUAGCAUUUA